ACCGGUUGACUUUUUUCAGGAGGGACAGACGAGCAGAUCCUGAGCUCUCCUCUCCGGGCGCAGUCCUCCAUCCAGUCCGCACUGUCUCUGCAGGCGCUCGCAUCGCAAUGGAGAGCAAAGUCGCAGAUUUCUCUGGAAAAUGGACAAUGAAGUCUUCGGAAAACUUCGAGGAACUUUUGAAAGCGCUUGGUGUGAAUGUGUUCCUGAGGAAGAUCGCGGUGACGGCGGCCUCCAGCCCGGCCGUGGAAAUCACUCAGCAGGGGGAGAGCCUGUCCAUCAAGACGUCCACCAGCGUCCGCACCACCCAUGUCUCCUUCACCGUGGGCCAGUCCUUCAACGAGGCCACGGUGGACGGGCGCCCCUGCACGAGUUUUCCGAAGUGGGAAACGGACAGAAAGAUCAGCUGCGAACAGACUUUACAGAAAGGCGACGGGCCGAAGACGGCGUGGACCCGAGAGCUCACAAAUGAUGGGAGACUCAUACUGACAAUGACUGCUGGGGAGGUCGUCUGCACCAGAGUGUAUGAGAGGGAAUGAGGAAAUCUUUCUCACUGCCGUCAUGCAAUCCGUCUGUUUUUAUGCACGUUUACCAGCUUCGUUUCACUUCCUCCUCACUGCCGGCUAGGUCUUUCUCAAACUGUCAAAAAAGACUGUAGUCGUUGCUGCAGCUCUCUUUGUACGAGGACAAAAAACAACACUUUAUGCACUUCUGAAAGGUCACACCAUCCUUCUUUUUUUUAAACACGCCGUAUCUAAACCCUUUUUUCGAUAUGUUAAU